AAACUACAUUAUUGACUAUAAAUUAUUUUACAAUGUUAGUGGUGCCCAGGACUUGGAAACGAUAUAUUCAUAUUCAGUCUUUAAACACCAAGAUUAAACAUUUCCACCCAAGUUAAAGUAGAAUUGCUCAAGACAAUAAAAUGAAGCUAAUGCUAGUGCUGAUGGUGAUGAUACUUCAUUAUAUACACACUUCUUAUCCAUUAGGAUAUGGAGCAAGGCCUUCUCAUCCAUUAGGAUAUGGAAAAAGUGCUGCAGAAAGAGUAAACAAGGUUCUUUCAAGUCACCCAAUAAUAGAUGGACAUAAUGAUUUCCCCAUGGGAGUUAGAGACCUCCUGAACAGUGAUAUGAGUCUUCUUAAUUUUGAUCGUGACUUAACAAAAGAAGAACCCUGGGCAUCAUAUUCAUAUAAUCAUGUUGACAUCCCUAGAAUGAGAAAAGGGAAAAUGGGAGGUCAGUUCUGGUCUGCAUAUAUUAACUGCAACAGCCAGUACAAGGAUGCAACUCAAAAGUUUAUUGAACAAAUAGAUCUUAUUCGCCAAAUUGUUAAUAAGUACCCAAAAGAUCUAAUGUGGGCAGAUAAUGCAGCUGAUAUAGAACUAGCAAUUUCGAAGGGUAAGAUUGCAAGCAUGGUUGGCGUGGAAAGUGGUCAUGCCAUUAGUAGCAGCAUGGCAGUUUUGAGAACACUUUAUUUAAUGGGGGCCCGAUAUAUGACCUUGACUCAUGGCUGUAACACACCCUGGGCAGAUGCUGCACAAGUAGAGGAUGGUUCUCUUACCUCUAGAGUCAAUGGACUAAGUGACUUUGGAGUUAAAAUAGUUCAAGAGAUGAACAGACUUGGCAUGAUAGUAGACCUUUCUCAUGUAUCUUCUGAUGCUAUGAGGAAAGCAAUUAAGGCAUCUUCUGCUCCAAUAAUGUUCUCUCAUUCCAGUGCAAGAGCUGUUGUAGCAAAACCCAGAAAUGUUCCUGAUGAUGUCUUAAGGAUGGUUAAAGAAAACAGAGGUAUAGUAAUGGUGAAUUUUUACUCUUGCUUCUUGGUUCAAGAAUGUAAAACUCAAAAUGCAUCAGUUCUAGAUGUGGUGAAGCAUAUUAAUCAUAUAAGAAGAAUUGCUGGUGUUGACUAUAUAGGGAUUGGUGCAGAUUACAAUGGAGUUGAUGUCACCCCAACUGAUCUUCCUGAUGUAUCUUCUUAUCCAAAUCUUUUUAUUGCUCUUAUUAAAGACACUGAGUUUAAGUGGACAGAUAAAGAUCUUGGAAAGUUGGCCAAUGGUAACCUAAUUCGUGUAUUUAAGGAAGUUGAAAGUGUUCGUGACAAAUUAGCAAAAGAAGGAAAGAAGCCUGAUAACACAUGGAUUCCUGAAAAAGAUAUUGGAAUGGAAGGAAAUGAAACUGAAUGUAUUUCAAAGAAUUUCUUAUACUAACAUUUAUUCUUAUUUAAGAACAGAAAGAUGAAUAAAUUAAACAUUUGUUGUUUC